AUGUCCGAAGGGGUGCCGAUCGAGCGCAGCGAGGCAGUUCGCUUGGAGAUUCGGCAACAAAGAAGUCGCUGCUAUGCGACAUGCAUGUGUUUGUGUCGGCAAUAUUCAAAUGUCCACAGUGUGCAACAGCCUGUGAUCGCAGAGGCAGCGUUCACGCCGAUACACGGAUCACCAAAAAGCCCGUUCGUCGACAUCGAUGCGCUUGCAGACUUGGAAGUGGCUCCCCAGGCCGAACAGUGGCAGGAAAGCGACAAGGACAAGAGGAAACGGGAAGCUCAGGAGAAAUGUGAAGAACUCAAGGAGUGGGGCGGCAAAGCUUCAUUGGCCGCGUUGUUGUCGCUCACGACCUGCAAGGAAAAGUUGGUGUUGGCUUUGGGCUUUUUGGGUGCGUUUGCACACGGCGCGGGACAGCCGGUGAUGAUUCUUAUGUGGGGAGAUCUGAUCGAUGGACUGGGCACAUCGGUUUCGGCCGACUUCGAUAUGCAAUCUCUGGCGAACAUGACCACGGAGCAGCUCCAGGCUGUGCAGGAAGCAGCAAACGACCAGAUGAUGGAGAGCGUCGGCGCGAUUGCUUUGAAGUUCGUUGUGAUCGGAUGCUGCGUCUGCGGUGCUGCUGCCCUGCAGGGCUUCGCGUUCCCAUGGUUUGUGGACAGCCAGCUGGCAAAGAUGCGACCAUUGUACUUCGACGCAAUGCUGCAUCGGGAUGUCGGAUGGUUUGACACCCACUCGCCAGGAGCGUUGCCAGGCGAGAUGACUGCGGACCUGGAGACGUUUGCUGAAGGCUUCGGAUCCAAGCUCGGGGUCAGCGCCAUGGCCUUCGCCGGGCUCUGCGUCGGCCUCACCGUGGGCUUCGUUCUGUCGUGGGAGAUCGCGCUUCUUAUGUUGGUGACGCUGCCGCUCAUGGCGAUCGGCGCCAUGGUCAUGUCGAGCGCGGUCUUGGACGCAAGGCGCGAGGUGCAGGGCCCAUAUGAGAAGGCGGCAGAACUGGCAGACGAGGUGCUGUACGCAAUCCGAACAGUUGUGGCUUUCGGAGGGGAGGCGCACGAGCUCAAGCGCUAUUCCUCCGCAGCGGACCUCGCUAAGCGGGGAGGUCUGAAGAACCGUGUCAAGACUGGCAUCGGCAUGGGCUACAUUUGGCUGAUCUACUUCUGCUCAAUGGCUCUGGCUUUCUGGGGUGCCAUGACGUUGAUGUACAACGGGAAAGAGGACCUCUCGGCCGGCAAGGUCUUGUCGGCCUUCAUGUGCAUCCUCACCGUGGGCUUCAUGAUCGGAAAGAUCGGCCCCGGCUUCGCUGGGGUGGCCGCGGCUCAGGCAUCGAUGGCGCGCUUCUUCUACGUCGUCAAGAACGAGUCUGUCAUCCAAAAGCGUUUGCGCGACGACCGGAAGACAGUGGGACCCAUUGAGACGUUGGAGCUGGACGAGGUGCACUUCGCGUAUCCAGCUCGCCCGGAGAUGAAGAUCCUGCACGGGCUGAGCCUGACCAUCAAGAAGGGGCAGAAGGUGGCCGUGGUGGGCGAGUCUGGCAGUGGCAAGAGCACGAUCAUGGCCCUGCUUGAGCGCUUCUACGACCCGCAACUUGGCGCGGUGCGCAUCAACGGCGAAGAUCUGCGGGAGCUCAACAUUGAGUCGUACCGCAAGCAGAUCGGCUACGUCGGCCAGGAGCCGGUGCUCUUCGCCACGAGCGUCCGCGCAAACAUCCUGCAGGGCUGCCGCGAUGCCACGGAGGAGGACUUUGAGGCCGCUGCGCACAAUGCGCAGCUGGACUUCGUGAAGGCGCUGCCUGAGCAAUUCGACACCUACGUCGGCUCCGGCGGGUCCCAGUUCUCGGGCGGGCAGAAGCAGCGCAUUGCCAUUGCCCGGGCGCUGCUGAAGAAGCCCUCGAUCAUGUUCCUGGAUGAAGCCACCAGUGCUUUGGAUUCGAGCUGCGAGAAACUCAUCCAGCAGACCAUCGACAACUUGGGCAAGAGCACCUGGCUUGGCCGCAUGACCAUCGUGAGCAUCGCGCACCGGCUCAGCACGGUACAAAACUCCGAUGUCAUCUACGUCCUCGAGAACGGUGUUGUGGCCGAGAGCGGCACACACAAGGAGUUGACGUCGCAGGAGGGCGGCAUCUACCAAGCCCUCGCGGCAGCGCAGGGCGCAGUCCUGGCCCGGAAGGGCCAUGGCUUGGAGGAUCGAUGA